GUGAGGACACCGAGAUAACGAGCACAUCCUCGGCCGUUGCUCCUGUUGAGUCGUCGGAGUUUGUCCGGGAGAAUGAGUCCGUACCGAGAAACCAGGAGCUAACGGCUGGAGCUAACGGCUGCCUGAACCUCGACCGUUGGAUGUUAAGUUUAAAAGUUUCCCUCCGGACGGUUGUUUGUGCGGCUGCUGCGGGGAUAAACCGCUGAGAGGGACAGGUGUCCUCUCACGUCACCAGCUCGGCUCCCCUCUCCAUCCCCCGCUGGACUGUAGCACCGUACACCGGCGCUGGGAGUUUUAACUUUUCUUCUUGGGACAAAGCUGGACUUUUCUGAGCCAUGUUGUGGGCAAGGUGGCUCGCCCUGCUGCUCUGCUGGGGGGCCACAAGCGGCGAGCAGCAGGCGGACGAGAGGGACGGGACCCCGCUAGAGGCCCGGACGGACUCCCGCAGACAACGGUCCCCUCCACCGGUGGAGCCGUUGGACUUUGGGUUUGUACCGGCGGCGGUUUAUGAUACUCACGCUUACUACGAGCCAGGGGCCAUAGGGAUCCUCUUCCACAUGGUCCACGCUUUUCUCUACGUUGUUCAACCUCACACCUUCCCCAAAGAUUUGAUUGUUCAAGUCAUUCAGCAAAACAUGGGGGGAAUCAAAAUCGAAGAAUGGAGAAAGCCAGAAAAUGUGGUCCUGUUACUACAGUGGAUUUACUACGAGGCCGGAUUCCUCAUAUGUGCGGCCCUCGGUAUCUUCUUCGUGGUCCUCACCCCGAUUAUAGGCAUGUGCUUCUGUGUGUGCCGAUGCUGUGAGAACUGCGGAGGGGAGAUGCACCAGAGACAGAGAAAGAACGUCGACUGUCAGAGAGGUUUCUACACCGCCUCACUCAUCGCCACCUCCAUCUUCAUCAUUCUGGGAGUACUCAUUGCCUAUGCAGCGAACCACAAUGUCAGCGCCCAGAUUAAAAGCACUCGGCGGUUCAUCAACACCAAUAUGAGAGACCUGAAGACAUUUGCCAACAACACACCUGCGCAAAUCGAAUACCUGACAGCCCAGUACACCACAGCAAAGAACAAAGUCCUGUCAGACCUCGACAACAUUGGACCGUUGCUGGGUGGGAGGAUCCACAGUCAGCUGGAGAAAGAGGUGGUUCCUUCGCUGGACACUGCGCUGCGUAUGGCAGGAGCAAAAGUUGAGAGUGCCAUCAAAGCUAUGCGGGAGACCAAAGAGGCCCUAGAGAACGUCAGCUCCUCCUUGGAGGUUCUUCAGGAAGGGACAGGAAAACUUCAGGCCAGUCUAUCAGGGGAGCGCGCCUCUCUGUCUAACACCUUGUCAGACCCUGCCUGCACUAAUGGAGCUGUGUCUCCCACCUGUAAUGCCAUCCGCUCCACGCUGUCCCAGCUGGGAAUCAACGCUGACUUCUCCAGGCUCCCAGAUGUCAAUCAUGCCUUGGCCAAUGUCAAUACUGUUCUGAGAACAGACCUCAGCAACAUUGUACAAAAGGGUUACUCAUCCUUUAAUGAUACACCAAAACUGGUUAAAGAACAAACUAAAAAUGUUGUCUCAGCUCUACCUCGAGUAAAAGGCAUGCUGGAUAAGAUUGGCACAGAGAUCAACAGCUUCUCCAAAAUGUUUCCAGUGGAAGCUUCUCUGGCCAAUUUCACCAUUUUCCUCAACGACGGACAGAAAAAGAUCGAGGCCUACUACCCACAAAUUGACCAAAUGGAUUUUUACAGGUGGAUCGGCUGUGUGGCGGUGCUCUGUAUGGUCGUCCUCGUCUUAGCCUUCAACAUCCUCGGACUGCUGUGUGGCACCUGCGGCUAUGACAAGCAAGCUACGCCAACAACCCGAGGCUGCCUGUCAAACACCGGUGGCAACCUGCUAAUGGCUGGGGUGGGCUUCUCUUUUAUCUUCGCCUGGGUGCUGAUGGCCAUCGUGACCACCUUGUUUGUUGUUGGUGGCAACAUGGAGAAGAUGGUGUGUGAGCCGCUCGCUAACCGACAGCUAUUCAAGAUCAUAGACACACCAUACCUGGUUCAUCCUGCCAAGAAGAACUUCCUUCCUGGGAUGCUGUUUCAGAACCCAAACAUUGACCUGACUUUGGGAAGCAUGUACAGGGACUGCUAUGAGAACAACGGCCUGUAUCAUUCUCUGCAGCUGGAGACAAUGUUCAACAUCAACUCCUUCCUCAACAGAACUGUGUACAACAAGGAUCUGGCAAAAGUGUUUGAGAGUGUGCAGGUCAACCUGCAGGACAUCACGCUGCUGGAGCAGGCCGGCAGAGACAACCUCAUCAACUUCGCCAACUCUGGAGUUGGACAGGUCGACUAUGACGCCUACCUGGCUGAGGUAAAUAAGGGAGUCACUCUCGUGGAUCUCUUGACCUUCUCUACUGACCUGGAAGCUCAGGCCGACCAACUGCCACGUGGUGCUCUGGAGAACGCACUGAAAGGACACGCCAGCAGUAUCAGACAAAUUCACAGAGAACAGGUGGUUCCCCUGGAGCAAGCAAUGAGUACACUUAGCCAGAGUAUCAAGCAGCUGCAGAGGAUGUCCAAUGACCUGCCGGUCAAGGUCACAAAUAUCCUGAGUGCCAUCGAUGCAGCAGAGUACCUCAUCACUCAUAACGCCUCCCAUGUGAUCAAACAGGAAACACGCGCUUACACACAGAGUUUGGUGGGAUACUUCAAACAAUACACAGAUUGGGUUAAAAACUCGUUGACUGUAGAGGUGGCCCAGUGUAAACCCAUCAGUAACAUGGUGGACAGCAUGGAGAUAGUAGCCUGCAGCUUCAUACUCGAUUCAGUGAACACAUUCUGGUUUGGUCUGGGAGGCUGCUGCAUCCUUCUGAUCCCCAGUAUCAUCUUCUCCACCAAACUGGCCAAGUAUUACAGAAGGAUGGACACAGAGGACGUCUUUGAAGAUAUGGGUAAUACAGGUAAUCGUGGUGAACAAGUGUGCAAUAUCUACGGAGACAUCGCUGUGGUCAGCUCUCCCUAUUCCGACACCCUGACCCGGUUCCCUCGAGCCUCUGCUCCCCCUAGCUACCAUGACUCAUGACCCAAAGGAACUCGUCAAUGAGCGGACAAGAGAGCUGGAACUGAUAUUUCCCACGUGGAUCACUGGACUUUUCAGCUCUUCCCAUUCAGAUCUUGUAACACUUCCAAGGACCAAAGGGAAGAACAACAACAAUCAGGAACUGUGUGGUGAGGGCGACCCACCCCCCAGUAACCCUUGAAGCCAUUUGAGAACGACCUCAGAUGCCAGCCAACUGUACUUUAUCAUGUGUUCUCUCACACACAUCAGUACCAGCCACAGCAGUACCAGCGCAGUCCUUCUAGUAGGUCAUACUGUACAUCAUCAACUAUCAGAGCAAUGUUCCCGCAUAGCUAGGUUUACCUGUAGACAAUACAUUUGUUUGUACUUACGUUAUCAGUUUUAACACGGUGACACAAGUGUACAUUUUUUACGCUUUCAAAGCUUUUGAAAGUUUUAUAUAUUUUUGUUAAUGUUUGUUUUAUAACAUGUAAGUAGGUUUUGUAGAAGUAGCUCUUUUCUUUCUUUUCUUUGACAAUAUUUGUAGCUCGCAUCAUUUUGGCUCCACAAGUUCCAUCGAACAGAAAAGUAGGGAAUUGUUAAGCAUUUUGGGAAAUCCACUUUUUUUCUUUCUCGCAAAGAGAUAGAUGAGGAGAUACCACUUUCAUGUCUUUUUAUUAAAUACCAACCUGUUAGCUUAGUUUGGCAUCAAGACAUAAACAGUGUGUCUACAGCCGUGCUAGCAGUUGUGCUUUGAGCUUAAUGCUAACAUCAGCGUGAUAAAGAGCUCACAGUGACAAUGCUAACAUGCUAAUGUUUAGCAGGUAUAAUGUUUCCCAUGUUCACCACCUUAGUUUAGCAUGUUAGCAUGCUAACAUUUGCUAAUUGGCAUGUCAUAGCAAGUUAAAAUUAAAAGUUUGAACUGAUGAUGUCACUUGAUGAAAAGUCUGGUGAUUACAAAAGUUAUAACAAUUCAUCCUCUGUACACUGUAAAUAUCUGUAGUCAGUGUCAUAGCAAUCCAUCCAACACUUCUCUUUUAGCCAAAAAUGCAAAAGGAAAAGUGAGGUGAUCACCAAAGUUAUUACAUUUCAUCUUCUGGACACUGUAAUUAUCUGUAGCCAGUAGCCCUUUUACACAGAGGUCCUACUAUAGGGCCGCUACAAAGUCCCUUCUUUAUGCUGCCUUUGCAUUUUUACACAGAAUCAAACAACAGUGACAUCAUGACGCUCCAGUGCACUUAAUAAACAAGAACAAUGACAUCAACGUAGCAAUAACAAUCAUUUACAGUCUCUGUUAUAUGGCAGCUGAUUUUGUCCUCUGCUCAGAGGGUAAGGAACUCCUGGACCUCACUGUUUUCCCAAGUUGCGUACAUUUUUAGCCGCUAACUGCUAUCAGCUUCAUUUUAAAUCUUGGGAUUAGGUCACACACAUAACACAUCAAAAUGUCACACCUGUCUCAUUUUGGCAGGCAGUGUAAAAGUGGCUAACAUCAUGACGAUCUAUCAGUCGUUUUUAGGACAUUUCACUUAAAGAAAAAAAUGCCAAAGCAAAAGUCAGGGAAUUACCAAAGUCUGUAAGAUACAUCCUCUAGCAUGGCUAGCAUGCUGAAGGUAAUUAACAGGGGGUUAUGCACUGGACUAUUUCUCGGCGUUUUCACGCUUUGAACAUAUUAAUUUUUGAGCUUCAGAUGUGCUGGUGUGUUGAUUUUGUUCCCUUUGGUCACAGCCAGGCUCUUUUCCCAUUUCCAGUCUUUGUGCUCAGCUAAGCUAACCAUCUCUAUGCUUUAGCUUUACAGUUAGCAUAGUUACAUGAGAGUGCUUUUUAUCUUCUCAGCUAACCUUCAGCAAGAAAGUGAAAAAGGGGUAUUUCCAAAAAUGCCAUACUAUUCCUUUAAACACUGAAGGAUGAAAGUGACAGUUCUGUUUGACUCUAAAUUAUUAAAAUCUUUGAGACGUGAGGUCAGUCCAAAGUUUACCCAAAGCUACCGCAACAGGCAAAGUGUAACUACCUUUUCAACACACACACACAGGCUACAUACACUUCGUUAGCAAGGUUUUAAGAAAGCUACAAACAAAAUACUGUGUCUUAGGCAUUUCUCGCCAGACCAUUAGUGACCACUAGUUGCUUGUGUUGUCAGAGAGUUUUUUUUUCCUUCAUCAUCCUGUGGUUUGAGAAAUAAAUCUACCAAAAACCUGUGUGGUGUCAGAGGUCAGGUUGAAGAACACACACACACACAAACAAUUCUAAUACAAAACUGCAAAACUGUGAAUAAAAACUUC